AUGGUGGUAAUUAGAACCUUGGUUUUAGGGCUCUUAUCUCAAGCGGUGUGUGAUAUUCCCAAAGUUAUAUGUAGCAUCAGUGACCCUCUGCCUUUCCUUCACAAGCAAUAUCAGUCAGGAGACCUCAUUGUUAUGGAUUUUCUAUCUCACAUCUACAUCGUCUAUAUGAUGAUAAAUUUCCAAAAACGUCCCUCCAAAGAACUCUUUGAGGACAUUAUCUACUUCAGUCCAAGCUGGACCUACCGUGCGUCAUUGGAACUCUUCUCUACAAAGGGCCAGUUCAUCCCUAACUAUGACUGUGAUAGGCAGAAUAGACCAAUAGCAGUCAUUGGAGGACCUACUUCUGAAGUGUGUCUCCACAUGGCUACCAUCCUGUCCCUCUACAAGAUGCCACAGCUAAUAUAUGGCUCAGCUCCAGAAAGUAAUACAAAAAACCAGGUGGUUUCAUACCAACAGUUGUUCCCAGAUAUGGACCAUCAGUACAAGGGCAUUUGUCAAUUAUUGCUGCAUUUCAGAUGGAUGUGGAUUGGGGUCCUGUCUAUGGAAAAUGAGAAUGGUGAGAAGUUCCUACAAAGUGUGGUUCCCAUGUUUGCCCAGAGAGGGAUCUGCUCAGCCUUUGUUGAAACAUUUCCAAUAAUUGUUUAUUCAAAUAGCAUUGCUGAGUUGGUCGAAACGGGCCUUGAAAUGUACAAAGUGGCUAUGACUAGCACUGUUAACGUAGUAGUCAUUUAUGGUGAAAUUCAGGAAAUGAUAAUUCUGAGACUUUGUAGUAAUCUGAAUUCUGAUGAUGCACCACUACAGAAAAAAAGUAAAGUCUGGAUCAUGACACCUGAGAUGGAUUUCUCAUCACUUCCCUUUCUAAGAGAUAGUGACCUAGGCUUCCUCCAUGGUGCUUUAUCCUUUGCAGUUCACACUGAAAAGGUGUUGGGAUUUCAGGAAUUUGUUCAGAGGAGAAAGCCUAUGUUGGAAAAGGAAGACAGUUUCAUCAAGAUCUUUUGGGCAAAUGCAUUUGAAUGUUCCUUCCCCACCUCUGGAAUGGAGGAGGAGGAUGGGGUCGCCUGUACUGGAGAGGAGAAACUGGAGACUCUUCCUACAUCCGUCUUUGAAAUGGACAUGACUGGCCACAGCUACAGUGUCUACAAUGCAGUCUAUGUAGUGGCACAUGCUUUGCAUGACUUCCAUUCUUCUAUAAUGAAAUACAAAGCCGGAGAUCCUGAAGACAAAUUGGAACUUCUGAAUCAACAACUUUGGAAGCUCAAUCACUUUAUGAAAAGCAUCUCAUUCAAUAAUACUGCUGGGCAAACAAUUUUUUUCAACCAAAAGGGAGAAUUAGAGGCUGGAUUUGAUAAUAUUAAUUGGAUCACAUUCCCUAACCUGUCAUUUCGAAAAGUCAGAGUUGGAAGAGUAAACCCCAUGGAUUCCCAAGAAGUAAUGUUCACCAUUGAUGAGGAUGCUAUUAUAUGGCCAAGGAGGUUUAAUCAGGUCCAGCCUCUAUCUCUGUGCAAUAAUAAAUGCCAUUCAGGUUAUACAAGGCGCAAGAUAGAAGGGAAACCAUUUUGCUGCUAUAAUUGUCUUCGAUGUCCACCAGGGAAGAUAUCCAACAGGGAAGACAUGGAUGACUGCUUCCAGUGUCCAGAAGAUCAAUAUGCAAAUGGGAAUCAGGUUUCUUGUCUUCCAAAAGUUAUAGCAUUUUUGAUGUAUGAAGAGCCUUUGGGGACCGUUUUAGUCAGUUUUGCUUUUUUCUUUUCUAUGCUCACAGCUGCAGUCCUUUGGAUCUUUCUUAAGCAUCAGGACACUCCCAUAGUCAAAGCCAACAACCAGAAUCUCACCUAUGUUCUCCUUAUUGCUCUCCUGUUGUCUUUUCUCUGUACAUUGUUAUUUCUUGGCAAACCUUCCAAGGUGACAUGUGUCCUUUGUCAAAUUGCCUUUGGGAUCAUCUUCUCCGUGGCUAUUUCUUGUUUGUUGGCUAAAACCAUCAUUGUGGUUCUGGCUUUCAUGGCCACCAAGCCAGGGUCCCAGAUGACCAAAUGGGUGGGGAAAAGAUUAGCCAUAUUUAUUGUGUUGGGCUGCUCAUUUAUUCAAGGAAUUAUUUGUGCGACAUGGCUGACAACCUCUCCCCCAUUCCCAGAUGCUGACAUGAAUUCAGUGGCAGAAGAAAUAGUUCUGGUGUGUAACGAAGGGUCUGUCUUCAUGUUCUACUAUGUCUUGGGCUAUAUGGGCUUCCUUGCCAUUAUCAGCUUCACACUGGCUUUCCUAGCAAGGAAAUUGCCUGAUGCUUUCAAUGAAGCCAAGUUUAUCACCUUCAGCAUGUUGGUCUUCUGCAGUGUUUGGUUGUCCUUUGUUCCAACGUACCUGAGCACAAAGGGUAAAUAUAUGGUUGCUGUGGAGAUCUUCUCCAUGAUAGCUUCUAGUGCUGGGUUACUGAUUUGUAUCUUUUUUCCCAAAUGCUACAUCAUUGUGUUGAGGCCUGAUCUGAACAAAAAAGAACAGCUGAAAAGAGGAAAAAACAGAAUAAUAUAA